AUGGCGACGGAAAUGGUUGGAGGACAGAGUGACGAUGUGCACCAACCGCCGGCCCAUAUCCCACCAGCCCCGAUGGGUGACUACUUCUUUCCGGAACUCCGCCUGAAAGGCAAGAUGCAAGACCCCGAGAAGACCCCGUUGCUGCUGGUCGCCUGCGGUUCCUUCUCUCCCAUCACCUACCUCCAUCUGCGUAUGUUCGAGAUGGCCGCCGAUUAUGUCAAAUUCAGCACCGAUUUCGAACUCAUCGGCGGCUACCUGUCGCCGGUGUCGGACGCCUAUCGCAAGGCUGGUCUAGCAAGCGCAGAACAUCGAGUCGCCAUGUGCCAAUUGGCCGUCGACCAAACCUCCAACUGGUUGAUGGUGGAUACCUGGGAGCCCAUCCAGAAGGAAUACCAGCCCACUGCGGUGGUGCUCGAUCACUUCGACCACGAGAUCAACACUGUCCGGGGUGGCGUGGAGGCCGGCGAGGGCAUCCGAAAGCCCGUGCGCAUCGCCCUGCUAGCUGGUGCGGAUCUAAUCCACACCAUGUCCACACCCGGCGUCUGGAGUCAGAAGGAUUUGGAUCAUAUUCUGGGAAAAUAUGGCUCUUUUAUUGUGGAACGCAGCGGAACUGAUAUUGAUGAAGCCUUGGCCAGCUUGCAGCCGUGGAAGGAGAACAUCCAUGUGAUCCAGCAACUUAUCCAGAACGAUGUCAGCAGCACCAAGAUCCGACUGUUUCUCCGGCGUGAGAUGAGUGUUCGCUAUCUCAUCCCCGUUCCCGUCAUCCACUACAUCGAGCAGCACCAUCUCUACGAAGAUGACGGCACUAGCAAUGAGAAAGGCAAAGAGCGACCGGAGGCGGGCAAGUCGGGGUGA